AAUGAGAAAACGUCAGAGGAAGUGAAAGAUUUUUGGGAAGACAAAAAGUUCGACCAAAAACUCAAUACACUAGAUAAAAAACGAGGUAUUGUGAAUUUUUUGCAAACGGGAAACGAACGUUUAAACGAUACUUCGAAGAUAGUUCAUAAGUCUCAGUUAAAUUUUUUGGAAAGGAAUGAAGCAAAAAAAUCUAGAAUUGAUGAACAAGAGAAAGAAGCGGAGGAUGCUAAUAAGAAUGAAUCAGUUGCGGAUAACAAACCAUAUGAUUUAAGAGAAAAACGAAAUAUUAAUUAUAACGAAGAACAUUUGUCAAAGAAGCAAUGUGGAUACACUAUACCUUCCCCAGGCUGUCAAUCAUUACAUCCAUUGCCAAUGGAUAACUCGUUUAGUGAGAAAGAGAAUGAAGACGAAGAUGAGAACGAGGAUGGUGUCAUAAUUAUUAAUGAUAUAGAUGAACUUUGCUUUAAGGAUGGGGAUCCAGAAAACGAUCUUAAGAUAGGAGAUAAUAAUGUGUCUCAGUUAUUCCGGAAAUAUCAAAAUGAAUCAGCAAAGAUUGCAAAGACUGAAGGUCUAUUUGCUGAGUCGAAUGUACAUGAAAUAUUGUCACUAUCCUCGAUUUUCUUGCUUGCACCGGAACUAAGUUCAGAGUAUGAGACAAAAUUUAGAAAAGUGGUUAAGCAAGCGACUAAGGAGUCACGUCACAAAGCCAUAAAAUUGUUAGUAACAGAACUUUCAAAUGACGAAACUUUGGGUGAAAACUUGGGUUUUGUGAUAUUGAAAGGCCUGGAAAUGUUGCUUAGUGGUAAGGUUAGAAACGAACCUAGCGAGAUCACAUUUAUAACAAAUUAUUUGGACUAUAUAAUGAAAGGUACAUUUCAUGAUGCUGACAAGCACAUUGUCCAGUGGCCGAAUACAGCUUUGAAUGAAAGGGAGGUUAGUCCUCCAUUACAAAAGACAAAUGUAUAUAAAAACUGUUGUGAUUUAAUCCGACUUGGUGUCUUUAUGAAGGACUGCAUGGACUUCGCAAUAGAGAAAGGUGCCGAUAUUAAAAUCGGCUUUCAAUGUGUUGGGCAUAUAAUUGAUUUUUAUAUGAUCGAUCUUGUCGAAGGAAUUUAUGUCAUGGUUCACAUUGGCCAAGUUUCAGUUCCGGCAUCAUUGAAAGAAAUGCUAUCCUUCGUUGAUCAAAUUGAAAUACUUUUAGGUAUACGAGAAAUUUUCAAAAGAUCCUUUGAUAUUUUGUACGAUAACCUCUGCAACCCAAACUUAUCGUCAGUAAAGAAAACGUUCAAACGCGAUACCCUUAAUACACCCCAAUUCAAUAAUCUUCUCGUGUAA